AGCGCCAGGGGGCGGGGUGGGGGAGGGGGCGAGGCCCUCCAAGAGCCGGGUUGGGCUCGCGGCGCUGUGAUUGGUCUGCCCGGACUCCGCCUCCAGCGCAUGUCAUUAGCAUCUCAUUAGCUGUCCGCUCGGGCUCUGGAGGCAGCCAACGCCGCCAGUCUGAGGCAGGUGCCCGACAUGGCGAGUGUAGUGCUGCCGAGCGGAUCCCAGUGUGCGGCGGCAGCGGCGGCGGCGGCGCCUCCCGGGCUCCGGCUCCGGCUUCUGCUGUUGCUCUUCUCCGCCGCGGCACUGAUCCCCACAGGUGAUGGGCAGAAUCUGUUUACGAAAGACGUGACAGUGAUCGAGGGAGAGGUUGCGACCAUCAGUUGCCAAGUCAAUAAGAGUGACGACUCUGUGAUUCAGCUACUGAAUCCCAACAGGCAGACCAUUUAUUUCAGGGACUUCAGGCCUUUGAAGGACAGCAGGUUUCAGUUGCUGAAUUUUUCUAGCAGUGAACUCAAAGUAUCAUUGACAAACGUCUCAAUUUCUGAUGAAGGAAGAUACUUUUGCCAGCUCUAUACCGAUCCCCCACAGGAAAGUUACACCACCAUCACAGUCCUGGUCCCACCACGUAAUCUGAUGAUCGAUAUCCAGAAAGACACUGCGGUGGAAGGUGAGGAGAUUGAAGUCAACUGCACUGCUAUGGCCAGCAAGCCAGCCACGACUAUCAGGUGGUUCAAAGGGAACACAGAGCUAAAAGGCAAAUCAGAGGUGGAAGAGUGGUCAGACAUGUACACUGUGACCAGUCAGCUGAUGCUGAAGGUGCACAAGGAGGAUGAUGGGGUCCCAGUGAUCUGCCAGGUGGAGCACCCUGCGGUCACUGGAAACCUGCAGACCCAGCGGUAUCUAGAAGUACAGUAUAAGCCUCAAGUGCACAUUCAGAUGACUUAUCCUUUACAAGGCCUAACCCGGGAAGGGGACGCGCUUGAGUUAACAUGUGAAGCCAUCGGGAAGCCCCAGCCUGUGAUGGUAACUUGGGUGAGAGUCGAUGAUGAAAUGCCUCAACACGCCGUACUGUCUGGGCCCAACCUGUUCAUCAAUAACCUAAACAAAACAGAUAAUGGUACAUACCGCUGUGAAGCUUCAAACAUAGUGGGGAAAGCUCACUCGGAUUAUAUGCUGUAUGUAUACGAUCCCCCCACAACUAUCCCUCCUCCCACAACAACCACCACCACCACCACCACCACCACCACCAUCCUUACCAUCAUCACAGACACAACGGCGACGACAGAACCAGCAGUUCACGAUUCCCGAGCAGGUGAAGAAGGCUCGAUCAGGGCAGUGGAUCAUGCCGUGAUCGGUGGCGUCGUGGCGGUGGUGGUGUUCGCCAUGCUGUGCUUGCUCAUCAUUCUGGGGCGCUAUUUUGCCAGACAUAAAGGUACAUACUUCACUCAUGAAGCCAAAGGAGCUGAUGACGCAGCAGACGCAGACACAGCUAUAAUCAAUGCAGAAGGAGGACAGAACAACUCCGAAGAAAAGAAAGAGUACUUCAUCUAGAUCAGCCUUUUUGUUUCAAUGAGGUGUCCAACUGGCCCUAUUUAGAUGAUAAAGAGACAGUGAUAUUGGAA